CUGUCAUUUAAAAGCGAAAGAUUUGAUAUCGAAGAAUGGCCAUUUACCCUUCUCUGAUCACAAUGCAAUGCUUCAUUGUUUUGGUUUGUAUCUCCAUUUUCAGCUCCACAGUUACAGCAAGCGACCCUCCUCUAACAUUGGACUACUACAAGUCAACAUGUCCCAAUGUGUUUGAUAUUGUGAGGAAAGAGAUGGAGUGUCAUGUCCUCUCGGAUCCUCGCAAUGCGGCUUUCGUCGUCCGGUUGCAUUUCCAUGACUGUUUCGUUCAGGGCUGUGACGGGUCGAUUUUGCUCGAUGAUACAAUCGACUUACAAGGAGAGAAGAAGGCCUCGACAAAUGGAUUAAAUUCACUAAAGGGUUUCAGAAUCAUUGAUAAAAUUAAGAACAAGCUUGAAUCCGAGUGCCCUGGGAUUGUUUCUUGUGCCGAUCUCCUCACAAUUGCAGCCAGAGAUGCUGUGAUUCUGGUUGGUGGACCUUACUGGGAUGUACCAGUGGGACGAAAGGACUCGAAAACAGCUAAUUCUGAUCUCUCUAGCCAAAACAUUCCUACUGCAAAUGAGGGUCUUCUCGGUAUCAUAUCCAAAUUCCUUUAUCAAGGUCUCUCGGUGACGGACGUGGUAGCUCUUUCUGGGGCUCACACCAUCGGAAUGGCGCGCUGCGAGAAUUUUCGAGCUAGAAUUUACGGAGACUUUGGAGCAACUUCAGGGAUGAAUCCGUUAUCGGGUUCAUAUCUCGGCAAAUUGAAAUCAGUUUGCCCUGCAAUAAGUGGACCAGGAGACAACAAUGUGACAGCAAUGGAUAAUUUCACACCGGAUCUUUUCGACAAUUCUUUCUACAAUACGCUUUUGAGAGGUGAAGGGUUGCUUAAUUCAGACCAAGAACUGUAUUCCAGCGUAUUCGGUAUCGAAACCAGAAAGCUUGUCCGUAAAUAUGCAGAGGACCCUGUCGCUUUCUUCAACCAGUUCUCGGAUUCGAUGGUGAAACUGGGGAAUAUUACCAAUUCGGAUAGCUUUGUCAAUGGUGAAGUGAGGAAGAACUGCAGAUUUGUCAACACUUGAAGAAGGAAGAACUGCAAAAACACCAGCAUUUAGUAAUGAAUUGUUGGUUUGUGUCAAGAAGAAAGAAAUAAACUUUUUCUACAAGUUAUUGUUUUCAUUGAGUUGAAGAGAAAAAAAAAAGAUAGUAAGUUCCCUUGUACACCAAGAAAAGGCGAUUGAAGUUUAUGUAGAAGAUUAAUUUCAAACCAACAAUACAAAUAUAAUCCACUCUCCCAUUGAAAAUUUCUUGUCAAAGUUUCUGUUUUUCAUAUAUGUUCAUAGGAUCAUAUUUC